GACUAUCUAUGACAAUCUUUUGGUGGUGUCUUACCAAUAGGGUCCCUCGGAGUCUCUUAUCCUCCUGUCUUUGCGAAUCGUUAGCAUGUCUAUAAAACCUCCUCGAAAUUUUGUGAGUUUCUGCAUCGUUCGACUUCGUCUUAGUCUCGCUCCGAGGUUUCUUGUGCUUUGGUUCCUUGGAAAAUUCGAUAAUCCUUUCUCAUUAGCCCGGAUGUCAAUACCUUAUCUGUGCUCAGUCUGGACUCAGAUUGCCAUCGAUGGCGUCCCGUGUCCCCCCAUUGAAUUUGAUAUAUUCGACUGCGACGCAGGUGCUCACUUCAGGGAUCUGUGCUCAGGGAGACAUGGCGGUCGUUAUGAGGGCAACAAGUUCCACGCAGUCCAUCCUGGAAGCGCUAUAUAUGGUGGCGAUAUUACUUCGAAUUCCGGAACUGCGAAUUAUUUCUUGUGGGGACGCGAAGUUCUAAAGUCGCCUGGGCUUGUCUCCCCGGAUGGACCGGGGUAUCUUGUCAUGACACUUGAUGCGAACAAUCGUGGGGGCUCUAUGUUCAUGAUCACGCUGUUCCCGACUGGCUCUUCGUAUGUCUCCCCAAAGGAAACCUGCUUCGGACGCGCCAGGAAUCCUAACCAUGCCACUCUGGCGGGGCUGAGUGGAAUAAAGAGUGUUUCUGGAGAUUACCUCGGUGCCCCAAGAAGUACUGUGAGAAUUAUGGGAUGCGGGUUGUUAGGCCCGUAAGGUAACCGCACUCAAAUCUGCUAUUCCCAUUGGGUCUUCAGACUUCUGGAUUCACUUCUUUGCCUAUCGCUCUUUUUUCUCUGGCCACUAGUCCAUCUAUUCGCUUCA